GUAACUAGCAUCGAUUGUGCUACCUACAGCCAUCGCUGCGCGGUAUCGCUUUUCGCAUCUCUAUUCUGGGAACUGCUAGCAUCUAUUCAGACGCUAGUUCCAUACUGUGGCAACAGAGGUGGGUCACAAGAUUCACGACACUCCGGAGAUGGAAUAUGUACCGUAGACGAUGUCUUUGUGUGAAGGAGUGAGACGAUAUGCUGACGUUAUUGGUGCCACCAGUUGAUCAGACCGCGCAAUGUAAUGGUUCAGUUUCAUCGAGGCUAAACACGUGCAGGUAUCCGCCAGAAGACUUGUGAAUACCUUACGAUCCGUGGAUUUCGCGACGUAUACUUCCUCAUUAGCAUAUAUAUACAGUUGCAACAGUCAUAUAUUGAGCCCCUUGGCUCUACGCAUGAGUGAUUUUAUUAGAUAUUGACGGUGAAAGUGGCUCAUCGAAUUGUGGCGGGUUGUGAGAGAAAUCGUCGUCGCCUCGUCACUAGCGAGUGAUCGGGACAUGGAAGAAGUUGCCGAUUGGGUAUAGGCCCCUAUGUGUAUUUCUUGAGGAGUAUUGUGGCCCCCCAAAAUGAGUGCCAACAAUUCUUCCUCCCAAUCAUGCUCGGAUAACGAUCGUAUGUGGUAUGCUUUCCUGGCGUCCAGCUUGGUGACAUUCGGCUUGGGUUUGGUGGUGAUAUUGUGUUGGAGAUUAAUAGCCUGGCUGUGUUGUGGCAAACGAAAACAUGCCCCGGUGUCGUACAGAUCCCCAUCUGCCCAGAACCAGAAGGCAGCCCCCACUGCUCAAGGUCAGGGUCAGCAGGGGAUGCUACUCAACAAGACCCCUGACCCUGAGAUCGGAUGGAUGACUGAGGCCAAGGACUGGGCAGGGGAACUUAUAUCAGGGCAGACCACGACUGGCAGGAUUCUGGUUGGCCUGGUCUUCUUGCUGAGCAUAGCAUCUCUCAUCAUAUACUUCAUCGAUGCUUCAGGGAAUGAGAACGUGGAAACAUGUCACCCGUGGUCCACCAGUACAACACAGCAGGUCGACCUGGCCUUCAACGUCUUCUUCAUGAUAUAUUUCUUCAUCAGGUUUGUGGCCGCCAACGACAAGCUAUGGUUCUGGCUGGAGUUGUUCUCAUUUGUAGACUACUUCACAAUCCCCCCUUCCUUCGUGGCCAUCUACCUGGACAGGAACUGGCUAGGAUUGAGGUUCCUGAGAGCGUUGCGGCUGAUGUCCAUCCCCGACAUCUUGACGUACCUCAACAUCCUCAAGACCAGCACCAUGAUCCGACUCGUCCAGCUGGUGGCAUACUUUGUCAGUCUCUGGCUCGCUGCAGCCGGCUUCCUCCACCUGAUUGAGAAUUCAGGGGACUUUUUCUUCGACUUCUCAAACCCGCAAAAGUUGACAUACUGGGAGUGCCUCUACUUCCUGUUGGUAACCAUGUCAACCGUGGGGUAUGGAGACAUCUAUGCAACAACUGUUCUCGGGCGCACUUUUAUCGUCGUCUUUAUCCUCAUAAGCAUUGGUUUGUUUGCAAGCUUUAUCCCAGAAAUAGCAGAAAUUCUUGGUCGCAGACAGAAAUAUGGAGGCACAUACAAGAAGGAAAGAGGAAAGAGACAUAUUGUUGUGUGUGGUCACAUCACCUUCGAAUCGGUGUCCAAUUUCUUAAAGGAUUUCUUGCACAAAGACCGAGAAGAUGUGGAUGUGGAGAUUGUCUUCAUACACAAGAUGUUGCCAGACCUGGAAUUGGAAGGUCUUCUAAAACGUCACUUUACACAAGUAGAGUUUUUCCAGGGCACGGUCAUGGAUGCCAAUGACUUGGAAAGAGUUAAGAUUCGUCAAGGUGACGCUUGUCUGGUCCUGGCCAACAAGUACUGUGAAGACCCUGACCAGGAGGAUGCAGCCAACAUCAUGAGAGUCAUAUCAAUAAAAAACUACCAUUCCGAAAUAAAAGUUAUUGUGCAGCUCCUGCAAUAUCAUAACAAGGCAUACCUGCUGAACAUCCCGAGCUGGGACUGGAAACGAGGGGAUGAUGCUGUGUGUAUUGCAGAACUUAAACUCGGAUUCAUCGCCCAGAGCUGUCUAGCACCUGGAUUCUCAACCCUCAUGGCCAACCUCUUUACCAUGAGGUCCUACAAGCAGCAGCUGGCGGUGCCUGGAAGUGGAAUCAUGGCGCCAUCGUUGUCAGAUGAAUUUCCCUUCAACGUGUACAAGAGCGGUGUUGAUCGAGCUCAGUGGCAGGCGGACUAUAUGAGGGGGACGGCCAUGGAGAUGUACACGGAGUACUUGUCCAGCGCCUUCAACGGCAUGACCUUCCCGGAGGCGGCAGAGUUGUGUUUUGUCAAGCUGAAGCUCCUUCUACUGGCAAUAGAAGUCCGGCAAGAGGAUACAAGGGAGAGCACUCUUGCUAUUAAUCCCGGACCUAAGGUGAAGAUAGAGAAUGCCACGCAGGGAUUCUUCAUAGCCGAGUCUGCGGAGGAGGUCAAAAGAGCAUUUUAUUAUUGUAAAACCUGCCACAGCGACGUUAAUGAUGUCCGUGCUAUUAAGAAGUGUCGCUGUCGUCCUUUUGACGAGUCGCCUACAAUGUCCUUGGACUAUGAUACCAGUGAAUGGGAUCUCUUAUCCUUACAACGAACUGAACCCACAAACCCGGAUGUUCCAGGAGCAAGGGAGAAGAAAACCCCAGAGAAAACUCCUCAAGUGAAUGAGAAACACCAUAAAAGGGAACACCGAAACAAACAUCCCAGUAUAGCUAACAUCUGGUCCCUGCCGAAGAAAGAAGAGCCAACCAGUGCCAGUAAGACCUCACUGGACGGAGGGACGAGUUUGAACCUGAGUGAAGCAGCCUCACCUGUGCCCUCCACAGACCAGCUGACCCCCGGUGAAGAGCCAAGGAGAUUCGACUCCACGGGGAUGUUCCACUGGUGUCCAGACAGGCCGCUCGAUGAAGUGGUUAUUGACCGGAACCAGGCUUCAAUGACGACAAUGCACAGUCACGUGAUCGUGUGCCUGUUUGCUGACCCACAUUCACCUCUGAUUGGUCUGCGCAAUCUGGUGAUGCCACUGCGUGCCAGCAACUUCCACUACCAUGAACUGAAGCAUGUUGUCAUUGUCGGCGACCUCAAAUAUCUCGAAAGAGAGUGGAAGACAUUGCAGAACUUCCCAAAGCUUUCCAUAUUGCAUGGAUCGCCUCUCAACCGUGCCAACCUUCGAGCAGUCAACAUUAACCUGUGUGAUAUGUGUGUUAUCGUGUCUGCGAAGGAUAAAAAUAUUGAUGACCCCAACCUGGUGGACAAGGAGGCCAUCUUGUGCUCACUGAACAUCAAAGCCAUGAACUUUGAUGACAGUAUCGGCCUCAUCCAGUCCUCAGCCCCUACCAGUGCAGGGUUCUUACCUCCCGGGUUCUCCCCCAUGGGCAGUCCGGCCAGUGUGUCAAGGCGAGGCUCGGUGUGUGGAUCCAAUGUACCACUUAUCACCGAACUAGCCAAUGACUCCAAUGUCCAGUUUCUGGACCAAGAUGACGACGAUGACCCUGACACGGAGCUGUACAUGACGCAGCCGUUCGCCUGUGGUACUGCCUUCGCCGUCAGUGUCCUGGACUCACUCAUGAGCACAAGUUAUUUCAACGACAACGCACUGACAUUGAUUCGCACCCUCAUCACAGGGGGCGCAACCCCCGAGCUGGAGCAGAUUCUGGCUGAGGGGGCGGGGAUGAAGGGGGGCUACUGCACCCCAUCUGUUCUGGCCAACCGGGACCGGUGUAGAGUGGCGCAGAUCUCGCUGUUUGAUGGUCCACUGCAGCAGUUUGGGGAAGCAGGUAAAUAUGGGGACCUGUUCGUCCACGCGUUGCGGCACUUCGGUAUCCUGUGUAUUGGGCUGUACCGAUUCCGAGAUACAAGUGAGUCUGUGAAGAGUCCCUCAUCAAAGCGGUAUGUGAUAGCAAACCCGCCUGAAGACUUCAAGCUGCUACCUACUGAUCAGGUCUAUUGUCUUCAACCUUUCAACUUCAAUGAAAUCAUGAAAAAAGCAAAAAAGAAAAGAAGGGCAGAGACUGAUUCAUAGCUGUUAUCAUGGUAACAGGAGGCAAUAUCAACACUCAAGCCAAGCCGUAUUCCACAGACAAGAUUUAUAAUACUCUUUCAAUAUGGUCAUUGUCUUUCUUCACACUCAGUGAUGGCAGUUUUUAUAUAUGAAUCGUUUACACCACCAAGUUGUUGCUAUUUCUCAACGUUUAAGGUGUAUUCUUCAUUAUCGAAGUGCCCAAUACUCGUCAACAAAUCCUGGCCUUAAAUAUAACGGUAUGUUUAAUCUAUUUUAGUUCUUGCCACAAGUCAAAAUGUUUUUAUAUAAAUAUAAAAAACAUAUACAUAGAAGAUUAUAUGUUUGGUUUUUAAUGCCAGGAGAUAUGAAAAUAAUUUGAAAGUAAUAAAUAUACCGAAAAGCAGAAUUCCAUAAUUUAUUUUACUACAGAAGUUAGUUUUAUGUAUUUUACAUUUGAAAUAUAAUAUGACACAACUUUACAGCAUAUCCAAGUUAUUUCUCUCAAACAUAUCGUGUUGACAAUAUGGAGUAAGCUCAAGCAUGUCAAAUAAGUACAAUUUAUUAAGUCAAUGUUUAUCAAACAAUUUUUAAAUAAUUGAAAAAGUUUCAAUACUGGGUACUUUUAGAAUUAUAUCUAUCGAUAUUUUUAUGUUUUAUAUCGAUACAUGAGGAGGCACGUUGUAUUGAUACUUCAUUACUUUGACUUCUCAAUGACAUCAGUGCUAUUAUUUCACGUGAAAAUUGUGGUUUAGAUAAUCAUGUUCAGACACUGCUGAUUUGCACAAUGAUAAUCUGUCAUUGUAGUAUCCCUGGUCCAUUCUGUAUUCAUUCUGUAUGAAAUGCUUCUGUUCAAGUUAAAGAGAUGUUCCACUCAUCAAUCAAAAUUGUGAUAUGGACUUUACCUAUAUCCAGAGCUUGAAUGCAACACAUAUGGCAACAUGUUCAGUCUCAUUAAUAUCAGAUCUUAGUUCUCGCUAUUGCUAAACAAAGAUCUGAGGACAUCCCAUUACAGGUCACGUCAGAACAACCCUAAUCGG